AUGGAUUCAUCUUCCAGCUUGAGCCAAGCCAAUUCCUUCAUUGCGGCUGGUACAGUCUCGAUAGUCUAUGCCGUUGACAACAGCAAUGUCAUCAAAAUCCGUCCCACAUCAGGGGAAUUCGAACGUCAAGCUUACGACAUUGAAAUUCGCUCUUAUAAACGGCUUGGACACCAUGAUCGCAUCGCAUCUUGCAAAGUGACCCAGAAAGGUCCCAUAUUGGAACGUGGAACUUGUCUUCGCGGCAUGCUCCGGAGUGUCGGCGAGUCUGCCAUUCCCUGGCCCAUGAAGCUUCAAUGGGCGCUGGAAACUGUGGAAGGUCUUGCGUAUAUCCAUAGCAAGGGAAUUAUCCAUGCAGACGUUGGCUGUCACAAUAUCAUCGUGGAUAAUGCCAAACACGCCAAGUUUAUUGACUUCGCUGGCUCCGGUAUCGACGGCGAAGCCCCCUUAGUCUGCUAUGAGUAG